AUGGAGAGAGAGUACAUGGGAUACGCAACAGAGGGCCGAACAGCAACCGAAUGGUUUGAAACACCAUCCCCAACACCGCAAGCUCGCCUAAGCGGAGCAAGCGACCACACUCGGAUCCGAAGCUCGGUACAUAGCAGGUUGCGCCCUUCGGUCCAUGAUAGGUUGGGCAGCCCCAGCAUACCCAAUAGACAAACCGAAGCCAGUGGCCAGUCAAGAAGAAGGAGGAGGAGUGAUCGAACUCCUAGCCCCCUACACGCCCCCGAGCAAUCCCACAGAGGAAACUCGAUGAGUGAUGGUAUCAGGGCGAGGCUAGGAAAGAGGAUCAUGACCCCAGCAUCUUCCCCGUUCUCGAAUGAUAUUGUUAUGGAGGAGAUUCCCAAAGUGAGGCUACCAGCACACCUAACAUUCAGCGGGAUUACGGAUCCGAGGGAUCACGUCAUCUCUUACGAGCAGCAAAUGUUCCUGAGCCCCUACUCCGAGGCUUGUUGUUGCAAAUACUUCCCAACCACGCUGACAGGAGUUGCAGGGGAAUGGUUCAGGUCGCUGCCGAAGGGAUCGAUCAAAAGCUGGAAGAAGCUGAAGAAGAGGUUCUGCGUACAAUUCGUGAGCAAUAAUCGCCCCGAGCGAACCACCACAGAACUGACCUCCAUACAACAGGAACGAGAUGAAAGUCUCCGAGACUUCAUGGCCAGGUUCAUGAAAGAAUCCACCAACAUCCCCAAUCUGCAGCCAGAUGUAGCAAUCUUCGCCUUGAAGCACGCGCUUCGGGAGGGGAAAUUCCGGGAUAAACUGUCAAUGAAAAACCCCUCCAAGAUAGCUGACGUACUUCAAAUGGCGGAUGCAUUCAUCAGAACGGAAGAAUUCAACAAGGCAGCAGCAAGGCUGAGGAACCCCUUGGAUACGAGGGACACCAAGAUGAAUCAGAGUAAGCCCGAGGGCAACUCAAGAAAGGGGAAAGAGAAGUGGAAGCUGCCAGACAAGCUCAGAUCAAACCCCCUCCGUAGGAACAAGAACAAGUGGUGUGAGUUCCACGAUGACUUCGGCCAUACCACCGAGGAAUGCAAUUCGCUGAAAGACAACAUCGAGGACCUCAUCCGUCGAGGCUAUUUAAAGCAAUACUUGCUCGACCGGAGAACAGAGAGGAAAGAAAAAGAAAAGGCAAGGCCAGGAAAAAUACAAGAGCAAGCCCAGAGAAGAGUCCAUGAGACCGAAGGGCAAAAGAAAAAACCAAUUCUAGUGGUGUUCGGAGGCCAAAGAUCCGGCCACGCCAGCAAGCAACACUUGAGGGCUCUCUCCCACCGAGUCAACUUCAGCACUAUAGGGGAGAACCAGCCUACGCCCCCGAACAUGACUUUUACUGCUGAUGAUUGCCUCGGAACCCAGUACAAACACGACGACCCGUUGGUAAUUGAAAUGGAUCUCAACAACCACAACGUUCAUAGAGUACUGGUCGAUGGAGGGAGCGCCGUCAACAUCAUCUUCAGAAACUGCUUCGAGCAGCUCAUCCUUGAAGGGGAAGAGUCCCUGACUAAGGUCAGUUACCCACUGAUCGGCUUCAACGGAUCCGCAGCCAUUCCACGAGGAAAAAUCACUCUCCCCGUUACUAUUGGCCAAGGCCUGGCGGCAAGGAACGUCCGAGAGGAAUUCCUAGUGAUGGACUGCAAUUCGGUGUAUAACGUCAUCAUGGGAAGAACCAUGAUUCACAAGAUACAAGAAGUCCCAUCCACGUACCACCAAAUGAUGAUGUACGUCUCGGACGCAGGCUUCGCCGAGCGGAUAAAGGGUGACCAGGAGGUGGCAAGUUCAACCUGUCACACUGCUAUCCGAAAACCGAAGCUAGGAGACAGUCCUAGGGAUGAGGACGAGAAAAGUAGCCCCCCAAAAGAGGAAAACGAUGCAAAAAGGAGAAAGGCUGGCCCGAGCAGUCUGAGGCCUGAGCUCGGGGCUCCGAAUCGGUUUGAUCCAGUUGCUGAGGGAUCGCAAAGACAUUUUCGCAUGGUCGGCAGCCGAUAUGCCAGGGAUAGAUCCGGAGAUGAUCUGUCAUAA